CUUUGUUGGUGAGUCCCUCUUUAGUGGUUCCAUAUGUUGUAUUGCGUAUAUCGCGUCAUCCUGCAUAAACGCUGCCUGGUGUUUAUUCUUUCUUUUUUGCUGAAAAUGCUUCCUCACCUCAAAAUCUGCUUCUUCAACCACUCCUAUCGAUGCGUCCACACUCUCUGAAAACAACUAUGGUUAGAGCAUGAGCAGUACCAACAACAACAGAGAAGAUUACUUUGGAAAUGUUGUUUCAGCCACAACCUCUCCCACUGGCUCCUCAUCAACAGUGACUCCUUCCACUGCUGCUUCUUCAGUCACUUCUUCAGUCACUUCUUCAGUCGUCUCUUCGGUUCCUUCUUCAGUUGCUUCCUCCUCCUCCUCCUCUUCACAUCCUCCAAAUUUCACAUCUUCGUCUGGUAAGCAUCAACAUGAUGCUGUAACGAAACACCUAGAACCACUGCUCUCAGAAACGCUAUCUCCGGUUCCUGCUGUUUUUUCAAAACCAUUUUCCUCUUCUUUGACAAAAGCUGUUCCACUUUCUGCUUCGGGUUUAACUGCAGUUGCUUCUAUUUCAAAACCAAAAUCAAAAUCAAAAAAACCAAGAUCAAGAUUGAACCUGAUUCUGGAUCUGAGCCAGAAACUGAAUUCAAUUCUGAAAUCAAACUCAAGAACAAGACAACCACCAAAUACAUCUAAUUUAUCCAGGCUACUUACAACGUAUCCAAGGAAGAGAGCACUAACUGCCUGCGAAUCCUGCAGAAUCAAAAAAAUAAAAUGCGAUAACGUUAGACCAACUUGUGGCUCUUGCCAAAAAUUACAAUCAAAAUAUAUCCUAAGUGGCGUGAAAGUCGACUGUAUAUAUAGAGAUGCUUCGAUUAAAAAAAUAAAUAAUUCCAAUAAUCCUAAUAGCCGUAUUAAUUCUGAUAACCCUGAUAAUCCUAAUGAUUUCGACCAAGAAAAUAACUUGUUUAAAACUUUUGAUCCUGCAAGUCAAACAAUUUUGAAUAAAUUAAAUGAUCUAUCAAAUUUAAUUAUUUCCAACAAUAAUAAAUUCAACUCAGCUUCGACAUCAACAUCAACAUCAACUUUAACUUCAACUUUAACUUUAACUUCAACUUCAACUUCAACUUCAAUUUCAACUUCAAACUCAUAUCCAGAUUUAAAUUUCAAUCUAAAUGGUCCAAAUAAUAAAAUCUCGUCAAACCAGAAAUCCUCAAAUCCUCUUAGUAUCCAUAACUUCUUGAAUCCCAUUUCUCAAAACAUCAACUCAAACAACCAAGACAUGAUUAAACAAAAAUUCAACAACAUUAUAAACUCUUUAGAACUAAUAAACUUUGAUAAAAUCCUCUUAAAAUUACAACAUUUCAAUAAAUAUAACCUACAAAAUUCAAAAUUCUCAAUUUCAAGUAACAAUAAUAAUACCAACAACAACAACAACAACAAUAACAACAACAACAACAUUAACAGUAACAGUAACAAUAUUAUUAACAACAAUAUCAUUAAAAAUACCUAUAAAAGCUUAUACAAAAAUUCCAGUGACAACAACGAUAACGACAUUAUUUAUGACUCUGAUAUAGAUAUCGAUACAGACAUUGAAUCUGAUAUUGACAACGAUAAUGAAACAAACGACGAAUAUGAUGACGAAUACGAAGACUACCAACUAAAUCAACAGAUUCAAAAACCUGGCUACUGGAACACUUCUGUUGAAUCAAUUCUCUCCACUUGGCCAAUUUUUAACAAUUAUUUCCAAAACUUACCCAACAUUAACCUAAUAUUAAAUAGACUAAAUAACAUAUCAAUCAACUAUACAAUCAAUAACAAAAAUUCUUACAUAUAUAACGAAAAAAAAAACAAUUACGAUAUAAUUUAUCCUCACUAUAAAUACUUAUCUAACAACCUCAACUACCAAAAUAACCCAAAUAUCAUUUCUUUAGAAAAUGAUCAAAGAUACCAUUUAAUUCAAAAUAUAGUUUCACUACUUCACUUGGAUGACUUUAAUAAAUCUAUUUUCACUCCAAAUACUUCGAUUAAUAUCCCAUACAAAAAUCAGCUUAUAAACAAUUAUAAUUCUUCUCUUUUUAGUUCUUUUGAGAAUUCAAUUCAAAAUCCUCCACUGAUUAACUCAUCAUUACCUUUUUCUUCUUCUUUUUCUUCCUCUUCAGUUAUUUUUAAUUCAAAUUUUCCUUCAUCUUCAUUUGAAUCAAACAAUAUCACUCAAAACAAUAUAAAUCCAAAUUCAAUUAAAAUCGAUUCAAAAUUUAGUAAUGAAUUUAAAAAGGAAAAAAUUUACUUAUCUGAUUUAUCCUACUUAAAUCAAGAAAAUUUAUCUAGUCUAAUACACUUGGAACCAAUUAUUUUCAAAUUUUUAGACUUGUGGAUUAAAAAAUUUUUAAACGACGUUUAUCCUAAAAACCCUUUUUUAAAUUCAUCAAAAUUGCUUAAUACUGCCUUUUAUUUAAAGCAAAAGUAUAUAAAUUUUUUAUCUGAAAAUAAAAUCGAUUUUAAUCACAUAAAAUUUUUUGAUAAAUUAAUUAAUACUAACUUUGAUUCAAUCAACUAUAGUGAAGUCUUUUUAAACUCAGAUUAUUUAACUAUUAUAAAUAAAACCUCAAAAUUUAAAAAAAGUUUUUUACUAACAAACUGUAAUUAUAAUUCAGAGCUAACACCCCUACCAGUAAUUUUAAUUUGUUGUUCUUUAACACUUUUAGCUGUUGAUUACAAUAAUAGAAAACCAAAUAAUUAUACCAGUUUCAAUGGAAAUUCCUUAUUACAAAAAAAUGAUGGAAUCAAAUCGGAUCUCAGUUUUAAAAUAUUCACUCUAUCAAAACAGUUUCAUUUUAUUUUGAAAAACAAUUUUAUUACUUCGGUUGGAGAUCAUUGUUCAAUUGAUGAUAGCAAUAAUGAAAACCAAAUGAAAUUGUUUUUCACAAAUAACAGCAAUCAUUAUGGAGAUAAUUCAUUAUGGAGUGUACAGUUUAAUGUUCUAAGAGCAAUGUACAACAUGUAUUUGAUGAAACCACUAAAAGCUUGGAAAUAUUUCAAAAGAGCAUCAAAUUCAUUAAUCUUAUUUCUUGAAAUUGAGAAAAAUUAUAACAAUAAUAGCUACAAAAAUAUUUAUGAAUAUAAUCCAGAGAAUGAAAUAAAUAGCAACAGCAAAAAGACAAUUGAGGACAAAAGGUUGAUUGAAUGUUUAUAUUGGACUUGUCUUAAAAAUGAGUGUGAAAUAAAAGUUCAAAUUUCUCCCUUUUACUCCUGCUCCUAUAUAAUCAGCUAUAAACCGCCUAAAAAUUUUCCUACUCCUCCUUUAAUAAUAAAUGACAAUGGGAGCAAUUUUGAUAUCGCUGAAGCGAGCUGGUUCUCGUAUUUAGCGGAUGUUUCCUUUAGAAGAAUUGAGAAUAGAAUAUUAAAUUAUUACUUUUUAAAAGAUAAGUUGAAGUUAUGGAAAUCUUUCAAUGUCGAAAAUAGCUCUGAUGGUUUAAUUUUAAUUGAUAAAAUACUGUUAUUUUUAGAAGAAAUCGAUCUUGUUACUAAAAACUCCAAAUAUGAAGCCAUGUAUAAAACAUCAGCAAGCAAAGAGUAUAGUUCUCUCAAUCUUCCCGAACCAGUCACUUUUAUAUUUGCAAGAAUUAUGUCAAUAAAGUCGAUUUUAUAUCAACCUCUACUAUACUAUGUUUCAAAUCUAGACAAAGAAAAAAUCAAGGAAACCAUAGAGGAAAAUUCCGUUAUGAUGGAGAUGUUGAAAGAUCUUUCAAAUGAAUUAUUCAAGUAUUCAGACCUAAGUUUAAUGACCCAUAGACAUCAUGGUUCUUGGUAUAGAAUUAGAGAAAUAUAUUCAAGUUGCAUCCAACUAUUAAUUUUAUUUGUUAAGUUUAAGGAAUUUUUUUUUACAGAAAAGGAGCUAAAUGAACAUAUUUCCGUUGCAUUGAAAGUUUUUGAAUAUUGGAAAUAUGAAUGUUUAGAGGUCAUAUUGUAUGAUAAAAUCGUUAGAAAAAUAAACUGGGAAGUAGCUCAAAGAGUUCAUAACAAUAGUAUAUAAAUAAAAAACAGAUAAAAACCAGUUGUAGUGAAUUCUAUUAAAAUUUAUCAGUAAUUUUUUUUAAAAAGUUAUAUGUUCUAUAUAUAUUUGAAAACCAAAAUAAUUAA